UACGUGAGGAACCAGCCUGAGCGCAAUGUCCUAAAAUUAGGUGUCAGCAAGAGCGCUGGGCGCGGAGAGGGGCGGUUUCUCCUCGAGACGGGCGGCAAGCAUGGCCAGUCGGCUGAGGAAGGCGGGCUCUGUGUCAGUGGAGCUUCUCCCGCCUUCCUCUGUACCGGCGACCGAGGUGGCUGAGGGAAGGCGAGAGGGCAGCCAGGGCUAGUGGUGGCGGCGCAGGAAGAGCGGGGAGGCUUCGGCAAGUGGGGAGGAGACGCCCCUCCCGGGGCUGUGAAGUAAACACCCCCCCCCUCCUUAGCCCGAGCGAGGGAAGCCCCCUCGAGCGCCGGAGAAAGUUCAAGGACUUGCCGCACCGACAGCCCCCUCCCCUUUUUCCUAUUUCCGCGGAGAUCCUCGCAAACGCCGGAGGAGGCGAGGAUCCUGGGCGCGGAGGAGGAGGAGGAGGAGGAGGAGGAGCGGCGGUAAUCAUGAACCCCAGCGGGCAGCGAGGAUUAGGCAAAGCGGCCGGCGGCGGAGACGACCCCUGGGAAGAGUGCCUGGAGGUGGCGGUGCAGCUCGCGCUCCAGGCGGGACAGAUUAUUAGAAAAGCUCUCACUGAAGAAAAGCAAGUAUCUACCAAAACAUCUGCAGCAGAUCUUGUGACUGAAACUGAUCAUUUGGUGGAAAAUUUAAUUGUUUCUGCAUUGAAAGAAAAGUUUCCCUCUCACAGGUUUAUUGCGGAAGAAGCUACUGCUGCUGGUUCAAAGUGCAUACUCAAUGACAGUCCAACCUGGAUUAUUGAUCCUGUUGAUGGCACCUGCAAUUUCGUACAUAGGUUUCCAACUGUAGCUGUUAGCAUUGGAUUUGCUGUCAACCAAGAGCUUGAAUUUGGUGUAAUUUAUCACUGCAUUGAAGAACGAUUAUACACUGGUAGAAGAGGUCAAGGGUCAUAUUGUAAUGGCAAAAGGCUUCAGGUGUCAAAAGUGACAGAUAUCACAAAAGCCUUGAUUUUAACUGAGAUUGGUCCAAAGCGAGACCCUGACACUCUGAAAGUUUUUGUUAGUAACAUGGAACGACUGCUAAAGGCACAGGCACAUGGGGUUCGUGUUAUUGGAAGUGCUACUUUGGCACUCUGUCAUUUAGCAUCUGGAGCUGCAGAUGCAUAUUACCAGUUUGGCUUGCAUUGUUGGGAUUUGGCAGCGGCUACUGUUAUUAUCAGGGAGGCAGGUGGAGUUGUGAUAGAUACAUCAGGUGGACCUCUAGAUCUGAUGUCAUGUCGAGUAAUAGCAGCAGGUACCCAGGAGAUGGCAUCAUUCAUUGCUCAGGAAAUACAGACUAUUCACUAUGGACGUGAUGAUGAGAAUUGACCAGACAUCCAUCUAAAACAAUAUGAAAUCUGGCCUUUUGGAAAUAUUUCACUUCUUUUAAAAUGGCUUUUAGAAACUGUUAUUUGUUUCUUGUACAGUUUGUAAAUCAAACAUAUUAUAAAAACAGUUGCAUUUUAGAAAGAUGAAAGAGGUAUAUUUGGGCGUGUGUGUGUGUUUGGGACCUUUCCCUCUUUUUAAUGAGAAUAUUUUUCAGUUAUUGUUUUUUUAAUGUUAAAGCUCUUUGAGGCUGUAAUAGAAGUGGAGAUGUUUCUGGUUUCACAUAGAAUGCGAAAUAAACCUUAUGUUUCAGAUCUCA